CUCUUGCUCUCUCGUUCAUCCUCCCUUCUCUUCCCCUCUCUAUAAGUGCUAAGCUCCAUCCUUUCCCUUAAAACAUUUCACCAGUCAGAACACAGGUGAGCCAGGGACGCCAGCAGCUGGAAGACCAGCCAAACGGAAAUAUCUGGUGUCAUCAUCCCUCCCUCAUUCCAACAUUUCUGUCCAUCUUUUCCCUCUCAUACCCUUCCUCCUUCUCCUCCUCUCUCUCUCUUUCUUUAACUCUCUCUCUCUCUGCCUCUCUCUCUCUCUUUCCCUCUCUCUCUCUUGCUCCUGAGCGUGGCAUCGAUGUGAGAUGGGCUGUGGGAAUUCCUCGGCCACCGGCACCUCCGGAGGGGGUCCCGCCGAAGCUUCCAAAGACAUGACAGAAGAAUCCUCCCAAGAAGAUGAAAAAAGACGGAACUAUGGUGGAGUUUAUGUUGGGCUGCCUACUGAAAUGAGUACAGUUGCUGCCAGCCAGUCCAAGUCCUCAUCUCAAGAUUAGCACAGGAAGAGGAAAAAUGGACACAUUUAACAGCAUACUUCAAAACUGAGGAAACUCCUAGGAAAAGGUUUUCGGAGAUAGACUCAAGAUGGAUCACCAAGAUAAAUGACCCUGUGAAAUGAGCACUCAUGAAUGUAUAAACAGGCAGGUACGAAACUGCGGCUCAUGGCGGUCAUGUGACUUCCUGUGAGGGAAAGGGCUGUUUUUAAAGGGCUCUGUCCUGAGCAGCAUACAGGCUCUGCCCAGCGAUACGCAGUAGCCAAUCAUAUUGCUGAUUCAGCAUCGCCCAAGGCUGUGUAGAAACAGCACUCCAGUGAAAACCAGCAUCCCUCUUUCUUUUUUCUGCUCCCGGCCCUGGCUGGCCUCCAGCUCCUGCCUGUGAUAGGCCUGUGUUUCUCCAGCCGUUUGUCCGUUUCCUUCUGGAUGUCUGGUUGAGUCUGGUUCUGUCUGGGAUGCCGUAACCCUGGGGUCACAAGCAUAUGAUUAUAUUUGUCUGGGAAAAGGUUCGUAUCAGAAAAAAAUAGCACUAUCAGGAAAGAGCCCUAUGCACAAAUGAUCUACUCUGUGAUCAAGAGGUCAUCUCAUAUGAUUUUCACUCUUUGGCUCUGCUGUCCCGAUGGUAUUAUUGUAAUGUAGGAAUCAGUGGCAUCAUUCACACUCUCUGACAAGGAAGGUCACAAGCUCAAAGAAGCACAAUCUGAUUUAGGAUCAAUUCUGACAGACCUGUCUGAAUGAAGAAAACCUGGGUGAGGAACGUGCUUCAAAAUGACAGACACUGACAUCUAAAGCCUCAGAGAAGAACUACAACUAUUGGAACCAUUUGAGGAGGUUUUGGAAAACCAAAGGGGCAUCAUACAGCGGGUCCUCUUUUACUUUACAGUUUUCCAGUUUUGAUGCAAAGGACAUGCCGAAGUGCAGGAGAAACCAUUGAAUAAUUAACAGACAUUUGAAGUUGUUGGAAGAACCUUCAAAGACCAUUCAGAUCCACAUGUCGUGGAGUUGUCGAAGCCAACUAUUUCGAUGCUGUGUUUCUGAAAAAACUGAUGGCAUCCCUUUAGCUUGAACAAAUACAGUGUAACACUACCCCCCCCCGGCCAGGAGUGAUCGAAGCCCGCGUGACUCCCUGGACAAGCUUCACUGUUGGUACCCCCCACCCGAGACAAAGUGAGUCGCUGCCCCCUUAGAAGAUGGCUCCCUAGGCCUGGCCUGCCUGUGUCGCCUAAUGGGUUGACUGGUAUUUCCCCCACCCCAUUCUCACAUGUGAUAAUGAUACCUUUGGCUCUGAGCACUUUUCCUCAUCACCUAGGGCUUCUAGCAACCAACCUUUAGCUAAAGGAACGCUUUAGAGAGCUUUGCAGCAAGAGCAUAGCUUUGGAUCCAGCAUUGGUAGGGACCAGAUCAGACCUGAACCCCCCCCACUCCCCUAAAAACACAAAGUACUACCACAACAUUGGUAAGGACACGCCCGUACUGUCCAUACCCAAAUCUACGUUUCUGCCUUGCAGUAAACGCUGAAGACAGGCCUGAUCUGCCCUCCUGCGUGAAGGAUUUACAGCCAUAAUACAUUGUCAGGCCUCUGGUUAUCAUCCAUUAUCAUUUACAGCAAAAUGUCCACCAUUAUACCAUCAUACGGCACAGAGAAAUACAACUUGUUUAUCUUUCAUCAGAUUUGAUAUUCCUGUAUUAUAAUAGGUCGGUCGUAGCAUAAAGACAUGUAUCCAGUCACUUUCACAUUUGGUGCUGGUUAGUGAUGGCCAAACGAAGCCUCAUGAUCCAUUUCUUGUAUUUUCUGAUCCCACUGGAUGGGGCUCUUGGCUUACUUGGUGCCAUUUUUUGAACAGAGAGCGCCAUCUAGUGGGGUCAGAAAAUACAGCACAUGGUUCAUGGGGCUUCAUUUGGCCAUCACUAUUGUUGAUGUUAGUUGUACUCUGUUUACAGUGUCACUUGAGGCUAUUAGACUAUUUAGAAGGGACACAGAGCCGUGGAUUUCAAACCACCAUUAGCUAGUGAUUUUCAUUUCACUGUCUGUGACAUUUUUCAGUGGAGCCUGUAGUAGACUUUGAUUUUAUAAUCUCCUGAACCAUAAUACCCAACUGUAAUAAUGGCCCAUGCCAGAAUGCCAAUAUAUGAAUAAUAAGGAUUUUAUACUGACAGUUUAAUAGUCCAUGUUAUCAUUUCUGGCCAUGUUAAACAUCUGCAGCUUCAUGCACAGAAUGAACCAGGCUCAGCUGAAGAUCUCUGCUUGUUAUUAAUAAUAAUAAUAUAAUCUUUAUUUAUUUAGCAAUUUUCAUAUAUGGAAUGCAGCUCAAAGUGCUUCACAUAUGAGAUUAAAAUAAAACCAAAGACAGAGAAGCAACUAACAUACAGGUCAAAGAAAUUAUAGAAAGAUGGAAUAAGUCUUUAAAAUAAAUGAGAGUAAAUAACCAAAUAAAAUAUAAAAGAAUGAAAAGAGUAAAGUCGUAAAAAUAUAAGCUAGUAAAAAUUGGAAAUGAUGUAUUUUAUUGUUAUAAAAACAAAACGGCGAGAAAAAAAUAACAUAUAGUAAAAGAAUAAAAUCAAAUAAUACCACAAUGAUAUAGUGAUGGACAGCUUGUAUGAGCAGGUUAACAUUCCUCCCAGUGCCCUCAGUGACUGGGUCCGACUCCCUGUGACCACACUGCGCUGUGUGGGGACACAGCAUCACGCCCGGAGCGUCCCUCAGCCUUGGGCCCGGUGCAGCCUGGGAUAGGCUCCGGACUCCCGUUGAUGCUACACAGGUUCAAUUAUACAUGCAAA